AUGACUGCAGCCAUCCGGCUACGAGAAUUUGUUGACCGCCGCCCAGUGAUCCCACCCAGGACAUUCAUUGUUCAUCAGGGAAAGGACCUCCAGGGCUACUACCCUGGGCAGCUGGCAAGAGUCCAUUUUGAUUACAAUGUAAAGAGAUCUGCCAGACCUCUCAUAGACUUGGCAAUUCCAUCCGAGAGAAAACGUCAAUGUCAGCCUCAAUUAGACCAACAAACUCUCGUUCGAUACAUUCAUUUUCGAAGAUACGCAAAACCUGCCGAACCGUGGUAUAAAGAAACCACUUACCAAAGAGACUAUUCUCUGCCAUUUUACACGAUUGAUUGGGACCAGAAAUUAGCCACAGUUUCAUCGAAUCCUAGACCAAUCAAUUCAGUGCCUGAGUUCCACUGUUGUGAAGAAAGGUGGCGUUGA